AUGCUCAUUUUUCUUUUUUCAUUAAUUAGUUCAUUUGAAAUAAAGAGAAUCGGCAUUAAAGAUAUCAAACCAAGUGAGGGACCCACAGAGGGUGGAACAGUGGUGACAGUUUCUUUAAAUACUUCAGUUCAAUACUUGCAAGUUUACUGCAGAUUUAAUUUCAACACAGUUAUUGAAAAAAUUGAAAAAGAUACAAUAACAUGUGUCACACCAAAACAUGAUGCAGGCAAAGUUCAACUUCGAAUUUCAUUUGAUAAUAAUGAUUACGAUGACAUACCUUAUACAGAGUUCACAUACUUUAUACCAGAUUCUGUAAAGCGGAAAUCACGUAUGGCAUUCGUAUUUGUUUUGAUUACAUUAAUAAUAGUUGUUGUACUUACAUUGGUCUUGUUAUUCAAAUCGCCCAUGUCAAGAGUCAAUCCAGAAGAAGACGCACCACUUCUAAAUUCUCACAAAAAUCCAUUAUGA